AAAUUUCGGAACGCAGCGAAAAGUAAACACUACGACUCCUCUUCCAUUUCGAGUAGUUAGGGUCGUGAUAUCUGUGCGACUAAAGCGCGAGGCUCAAUUCACUUUGCUGUCUCCUUGUCGCUCCCUUGAACGCUUUGUUGCGGUCUUUCGAGCCUUGUUGUCUUUUACAUUUUACCCCUGAACUCAGGACGCGUCGCCACAACCGCAGUCAUGUCGCAACGCGUUACGCGGUCGCAAGCAGGUUAUACGCCAAGAAAACCAGAAAACCCCGGUUUCGUCGAGACUCCUGGUCGCAGAAGGUCGCAGCGUCGCAAGUCAUUUUCUACAGACGAUGGCGAGCCUAAUGGCUUUGUCAAGCGCAGCGAUCUCAGCUUGACUCCCGAGAAGUCACUAAGCAACGGACACGCCAAUGGCAAUGGACACGCGACUGGUUACGCCAACGGUCAUGCGAACGGCAACGGGCACGCAAAUGGCUCUGCAAACGGUCACGCAAAAGAAGAGGCAACAUCGAAUGGUGUAGAGGUAGAGGCUGCCAAGAACUUUCCUCCCAAGGACAAGGGUGGACUCCACGAGUUCGGCGGUGCUCUUGGUAUGAGCGCCAUGAUGGUCGGAUUCCCUGCGUUGAUGUACUACAUGUGGAUUGGAGCGACCUUCUAUGAUGGCAAAUUCCCUAAGCCAGUCGAAGGUCAGAGCUACUCCGAUUUCUUUGGACACAUGUGGGACUUGGUCAAGACUGAGGCGUACCCGACCAACAAGGCCUGGCAGAUUUACUGGUUCUUUGGCCUCGUGCAGAUGGCCUUUUACAUGCUCAUGCCUGGUGUCUACCGUAAGGGCAAGGCUCUUCCUCACCUUGGAGGAAAGCAGCUCGACUAUUACUGCUCUGCAAUGUGGUCAUUCUACUCUAGCAUCGCCAUCAUGCUAACUCUUCACUUUACUGGAGUCUUCAAACUCUACACGUUGAUUGACGACUUUGGUCACAUCAUGACUGUUGCAAUCCUCUCGGGCUUCCUGUGCUCUACAAUUGCAUACGUCUCAGCUCGUGUUCGCGGAGCCACUGUUCGGAUGACCGACAGUGUUGUUGUGGACUUCUUCCUUGGAUCUGAGCUCAACCCUAGGCUCUUCGGGAUCUUGGACUUCAAGAUGUUCCUGGAAGUCCGCAUUCCCUGGUUUAUCCUGUUUUUCCUUUCUCUCGGCACCUGCCUGAAGCAGUUCGAGCAAUAUGGCUUUGUCUCAGGCGAAGCUAUCUUCCUUCUCUUCGCUCACUGGCUUUAUGCUAAUGCUUGCGCCAAGGGCGAGCAUUUGAUCAUCACAACAUGGGACAUGUACUACGAGAAGCUCGGCUUCAUGCUCAUCUUCUGGAACAUGGCGGGCGUACCCCUCUCCUACUGCCACUGCACUCUCUACGUCGCCAACCAUCACCCUUCUGAGUACACCUGGCCGACGUGGUUCGUUGCUGUCUUAAUGCUUGCCUAUUCCGGCAUGUACUACAUCUGGGACACCACCAACAGCCAGAAGAAUCAGUUCCGACAAGAAGAGCGUGGUGUAGUCGACGAGCGGACCACCUUUCCCUACUUCAAGUAUGGCCGCAUCGCCAAUCCCAAAACCAUCACCACCAAGCACGGAAACAAGAUUCUGGCUGACGGCUGGUAUGGCAAGGCCCGUAAAAUCCACUACACCUGUGAUCUCUUUUUCGCCAUCUCCUGGGGUCUAAUCACCGGCUUUAACUCGCCUUUCCCAUGGUUCUACUCGGUUUUCUUUGCCGGUAUGAUUAUUCACCGCGCAAUGCGUGAUAUUGCAAGGUGCCGCGAGCUGUACGGCGAGGCUUGGGUCGAGUACGAGAAGCAGGUACCUUACCUCUUCAUUCCCGGGAUCUUCUAAAGGGUUAGAAGUAUGAUCCUCCUUUCGAACCUUUCAGUAGGCUUCGAUUUUCCUCCUUUUGGCGCUUUUGGUCGCAUUACAAGUUCCAUUCGCCUUCCACAGUACCCUUGUUGCAUACUAUGUACUAUAAUACUCUUUUCCUUCUUGCCCGAUGUAAUUAAAGGGGGAUCUACGAAAAUAAUGGCAGUAGUAAUGCAUGAUGCAUGAGACGAUCUACGAAACAAACAAUUCUGUC